GGAGUCCCCGCCUUCCUCCUUAGAGGGCAGCAGUGGUGACUUCCCAGGGGCCGGAGACGCUCCCAAGCCCGCACGGGGCAUGCGCUCCACUUAGCACGGGGGAAUUGAAAAGGAAAAACAACUGGAAGAAAAACGCCUCCGCGAGUCUCUAAACGUCCCGCUUCGAGGUUGCAGGCUAGCAAAAACAGUUUCCGGGAAGGACCGGAGAGAGGAACCCACCGGCCAUGUGUGUGGCACGGCGUUCUAGGCCUCGUGCUGGCUGUCCCAGGCUGGGGGCUGCCCCGGACGAGGCGCUGGUGACUGUGACCGCAGCGUGAUGUACCCGGCGCCCGGCCCGGCGAUGCCUUAGCGCUGACUCGCCUGGUAAUCCGGCCUGUUUCUUUCUUCCAGUGGGCUGGACAUCCAGCCGCCUUUCGGGACCUUGGCUCACCGCGGACAGACACAGACAGACACAGGGAGACGGGGACGGGACCGGUUAGGGUCCUUUCCACCUUGUUCCGCCGAGUCUCCAGGCGGUCCUGGACAGCGCUCCAUGGGGCUGCGGGCCUGGCUGAGGACUCUGUGCUGCUGCUGCUGCCCGUGCAAAUGCCUGGGAGACCCGGAGAUGCCUGAGAAGGAGCCCCUGCUCAGUGGCAACAAUCCUUACUCCUCUUUUGGAGCAACUCUAGUGAGAGACGAUGAGAAGAAUUUAUGGAGCAUACCUCAUGAUGUAUCCCAUACAGAAGCCGAUGAUGAUAGGAUAUUGUAUAAUUUGAUUGUCAUUCGAAAUCAGCAGCCCAAAGAUUCAGAGGAAUGGCAAAAACUCAACUAUGAUAUCUACACCUUACGGAGAACUCGAAGGGAAGUGAGAGACAGAUGGAAACGCAUUUUGGAAGAUUUAGGUUUUCAGAAGGAAGCGGACUCCUUGUUAUCAGUGACUAAACUCAGUACCAUCAGUGACUCUCAGAACACGAGGAAAGCACGGGAGAUAUUGUUAAAACUUGCUGAAGAGACAAAUAUUUUUCCAACAAAUUGGGAACUCUCGGAGAGGUACCUCUUUGUGGUGGAUCGUCUCAUUGCUCUUGAUGCCGCAGAAGAGUUUUUUAAAAUGGCAAGCCUCAUUUACCCCAAAAAGCCUGGACUGACCUACUUGGCUGAUGGCCAGAAGGAACUUCCCCAGGUUCCAUUUCCAAGCCCCUAAAGAGACGGACCUGGAACAGAACUUGAAUUUUCCCCUGGGGACUCAGGGCAACCAGCCAAAGUACCAUGGAUUUUCUUUGGAGAAUUACAAGUAGGAGGGAGACAAGGGGAGAGAAUAAGAAAAAACAUCUGCGUUAUGAUUAGGAAACACACAUCCAUGUGCAGAAGGAUGUGAAACCUUGCCCAGCUCCAAGGAAGGACUAAACUAGCCCUAGUGUGGGUCUUGUUCUAGGAGAUGAUUACAGUUAAGAUUAUAGUCCUUAGGAGGACUCAUCAUGUGUGUUUAAGCCAUCAGGGAAACCCCAUGGUCUCAGCUCUUCCUUUGGAGAACUUUAAACUGCUGGUUCUCACAAAAGGAAAAUAAUUCAAAAGAUUCAAAACAAAUUUAUUGAGUGCCUCCUCUGUGCAAAGCACAGUCUUAGGUGCCAGUGGAGACAAAGAUGAAUAAGACAUGGCUCCUGCCCUCAGGUAGCAUAUAGUCUAGUGGGGGAUGGGGCAGUAGAGAGGUGGCAGGACAGAGAAGGCUAAGACCAGGUAAAUGGAUCUUAGUUGAUAAGAAGCUGCUGGUUUUCCUAUGUCAGGAUGAACUACUUUAAAUAGUAUACAAUAAAAUGUGCUGAACCCAACACAAUCUAAACUGAAUGUGGCAUUAUCUUUCUUUGGUCAUUCGGAAAACACAUCAGCUCCUCAUGGUGCCUCAGGAGCAUCACAAGUAAACAUUACCUUUUAUGCAAAAAGGAUGUUGGGCCAGUUGCUAGAGAUGUGUAGAAAUCCUGGUUUCGAAGUAGGUGGGGGAGUCCAAAAGUGGUGCAGGCUGCUUUGAUAAGUAGUGAGUUGUCCAUCACUGGAGGUAUUAAAAUAGAGACUGGUGAGCUACAUGUUAGGGAGUAUGUAAAGGGGAUUACUUUUUGGAUAGGAGCUAGAAUAUAUGACCUCUGAGGUUCCUUCUAACUCUGGUCUAUCCUUCCAAUUACUAGAUUUAGUUUAGGUUAGGUUUACUGUUAGUGAGAUGAAAAAUCUGGGCCUUACCCACAUGUGGGUACAGAGAUAGCAAUUUCUUGAAUUCUAAUGAUAUCAAGUGACCUCAUUCUUCUUCUUAUAUAUAGGAGUCAGAAGGAUAUAUAAUAAAAAGCUGCUUUUUUUAAAACCA